AUGAGCAACACGGUGGCGACUCGCACGCGCGGCGCGCGGCGACGCGAGCAGAAGCACUCGCUCCCCAUCCAUCCGGUGGUCGCGGUGCACGUGGCGCGCGUUAGUGCUCUCUACCACGGCGAGACGUUUGAGCAGACGGCAAGGGUGUGCGUGGCGUGGCAGAAGGGCUCGAGCCAGGCGCGGCACCUUAAGAAGUGCAGCUCCUAUGGCGAGCUCAAGUCGGGCAAGCGCUACGCCCGCUUCGACCGCCCGCACGCCGCAGCCUUCCUGCCAGACGGCAACCUCGUCAUCGCCGACUGCGACAACUUCCGGCUGCAGACGUGGUCGAGGGCUGCAGACUCCUACAUGAUCCAGGAGCGAGACCUCGGUGCGACCGCGUGCCCGACGGGCGUCAUCAGCGAGGGGAGCUUCCUCUACAUCGUCGAGCACGGCGCCACACCCUCCCGCGCAACCGCCCAGCCGCCCCGUCCCUGCCCUCUGGCUCACGCCUCUCCACGCCUGUGGGCAGGGUCACACCGGGUGGUCAAGACGCGCGCCUCGAGCGGCAGCCUCGUCGCGGCGGCGGGGCAGUGGGGCGGCGCCGACGGCGAGCUCCGCCACCCGUGGGGCCUCGCCUCGAGCGGCAAGGCCAUCUACGUGGUCGACGGAGGCAACGCGCGCAUCUGCUGCUUCGCGCUCUCGAACCUGGCCUUCCGCUUCGCCUUUGGGGACGGCGGCUUUGGGCCGGAGGGCCAGUACCGCCUCACGCCGAUGGGCAUCGCGAUCGGCAACGGGCGGCUGUAUGUCACAGAGGCGCAGGGCGAGAGGCUGCAGGUGCUCGGCAUCGGCGGCGAGCCGCUGCAGAUCACGCCAAAGAAGCUGCCGCCCGCCGUGCACAUCUUCGACGUCUGCCAGCAGUCGAACCUCUUCGAGACGACCCUCUAG